GCCAGUCUUCAAGAUGAAGCUCUCCCUGGUUUUCGAGUUGCUUCUGAUAUUCAUACUCUUAGCUUUCGCCGCGUCAAAGAGUGUCCGGAGGGAAAAUAAUACUGUGAAGAAAGGGAUCCAGAACAGAAAUGACGACAUUAAGAUCGAUGAGAACAAUAUCAACAAGUACUGCAAAUGCGUGGAGGCUUACUGCAACUGCUGCCGCGAGUUCCGACUGCCCGUCGUUGAACUGCAUGGACCAGGAUGCGCCUCCUUGAUGUACCUCAACGGAGACAAGAUGUCCGUGUCGUUGAGUUUCGGAAAGAAGGUCAUCACAAACCGGACUCUUUCGAGCCGUAAACCCAGCCCCGUCUGCAUGCCUUUGCCGGGCGGUGUAUCCAAAUUCUGUGGAAGAGUAUACAACAUCGCCAGAGCUGGUGAAGAGUUCAGAGCUUGUCUCGGCUUAGAACUGCAAUCAAAGAGCACAGUUGAAGCAGCUGUCAGAGUAUCCUGCUUCAAGUUUGGUCCAAGAGGUGUGACUUCUGAACCAGCUGACCCAUUGCCGUUAGUACCUCAAGACGAAAAAGCUGAAGACGACGAUGAUGAUGAUUAUGAAGAUGAUGAUGCAUUCGGGCUUGGUGCUGGGGAAGAUGACGAUGAUGACGACGACGACGAUGACGAUGACGAUGAUGGCACACUCGACGCCGUCAACGACGUAGACAGCGCUGAUUACACAGGCUUCAGUCUUAUUGGAGAAGACAUAUUGGGAGACCUGUUUGGAUCGACUGGUGGGAAAAAAUCGAACAAAAACAAGAAGAAACAAGCACCUGCUCCGUCUAUAACGACCACUUCUACUACUAGACGUCCUCGGCCUUCACGUCGGCCAUCAAGACGGCCUAGUACCAGAACUACAACAGUACGACCAAGACGUACUACUACAGUCAGAGUUAAACCUUCCCCUGGUAACAGGAGACCAACUCGCAGACCGAACAGGAGGCCAACCAGGAGACCUACCACAGAAAGUACUACAACAUCAAUCCUCACGUCAAUAACCACUACUGUUAGUCCACCAAGUUCAGUAACUGCCGCUUCCCAAUCAACUGAGCGUAGUACAGUCAUGAGUACCAUUCAAGAGCAAUCCAUAGCACCAGUAUCUUUUAUAUCUGAGAAUCAAACUCCAAUUUUAUCAGCAACUACAGCCAAGAGUGUUACUGAUUUUGAAGACCCAGGACUAGAAAUGUCAUUAGCGCAUAUUACUGGUCAAUUAUCAGAAUUGCAAGUCACUCCAAUGAUUUCAAAUAACGCAAAGGAUUCAAGUAUGAUGAACAAAGACGAGGAAUCAGAUAAAUACGAGAAAGUGUUGACAAUCACUCCCAAAACGCCGUCGACCAUAUCUUUCAUUCCUACGUCCGAAGAAGCCGUUAAUGACGACAUGAUUCAAAUUGUUCAAACUCUUGACUCCGCUGAAACUAUGCCAGAGAGAGAAACGAUGACUGGAGAUGAAACUAGAGGCCAUCAUUACCAGUUCAGUUCCCCUGUCACAGAUAACUAUUAUGAAGGCCUCACCCUACCCAAAAAGAAAAACAGGAACAAGCAAUUCAACCUCCAUGAUCUGGACGUUCUUAACCUCGGCCAGAUUGGAGAAUCUGUGGGUGAUCAACUAGGAAUAUUUGGUAAAAACAAAAGGCAGAAUAGAGACAACAAAGACACGAAAGUAAACGGUGAAAAAGAACAGAGUAAUGAAUACGAUGACUUGGUUGAUACUAUAAGUCACGUGGCCUUAAUGGUGAGGAAAUCUGACGACAAUAAGAACAAAAGAGACAGGAGAAGACAGAACAAAAUGAUGCGCGAAUGGUCACAAGUAUGACGUCACAGUCAGGCUAGUUCUAAGUAGCUCUAGAAAUUAUUUAUUUUUCGUACUUAACUUAUUUAUUGUGUGUGUUGUAAA